AUGGCUGGCGAUGGGCCGCAUAACGUUGCAACACUCAAUAAUGGUGCUGUCCGUGUCAACAUGACUAAUGUGGACUCCCCGCUACAGAUAUUUGUAAGGGCCAAGAAGAAGAUCAAUGACAUUUUCAUUGAAAUUGACGACUAUGUCAAGGAUGCAGUUACAUUUAUGCAUGCAGUGUCGGGCGAGAACAAGAUCGCGACUCCUCAGGACGUGGCUAACAUCGAGGCUUACGUCAGUAAGGUGCAGGCUAUUCGGGAAGUGCUCAAAAGAGACCAUAUGAAGGUGGCCUUCUUUGGAAGAACCAGUAACGGCAAGAGCACGGUAAUAAAUGCUAUGCUCCAUGACAAGAUACUACCCAGUGGCAUCGGCCACACGACCAACUGCUUCUUGCAGGUGGAGGGCUCAGACACAGAUGAAGCCUUCUUGCGUACUGAAGGCUCGGAAGAGAAGCUUAAUGUACAGUCGGUGAGCCAGCUGGGGCACGCGCUGUGCGCGUCGCGGCUGCAGGAGCGCGCGCUGGUGCACGUGCACUGGCCCCGCGAGCUGUGCGCGCUGCUGCGUGACGACGUGGUGCUGGUGGACAGCCCGGGCGUCGACGUCACGCCCAACCUGGACGAGUGGAUCGACCGCUACUGCCUCGACGCGGACGUCUUCGUGCUCGUCGCCAACGCCGAGUCCACCUUGAUGGUCACGGAGAAAAACUUCUUCCACAAAGUGUCGACGAAGAUAUCACAACCGAACAUAUUCAUACUGAACAAUCGAUGGGACGCCUCUGCCUCUGAGCCUGAAUAUUUGGAUCAGGUACGCACUCAGCAUGCUAACCGUUGUGUGGAUUUCCUGUCACGUGAACUUCGCGUUUGCACUCCAAAGGAAGCGGAGGAGAGGAUAUUCUUCAUAUCGGCUAAGGAAGCUCUACUAACUCGCAUGAGGGAAAGAGAGAAACCAGUUUCAUCUCCGAUCCUGGCGGACGGGCACCAGGUGCGGUACUUUGAGUUCGUGGACUUCGAGCGCAAGUUCGAGGAGUGCAUCAGCAAGUCGGCCGUGCGCACCAAGUUCGCGCAGCACUCGCGCCGCGGCAAGAACAUCGCCGCAGACGUCAUGGCCGCGCUCGACCAGGUGUACAACAAGGCCAGCGACAUGAAGUCGAGCAAGGUGGAGAAGCAGCGCGUGCUGCACGAGCAGCUGUCAGCCGUCGAGGAACAGCUCACCGCCAUCACGCGCCAGAUGAAGGACAAGAUCGGCCGCAUGGUUGAGAGUGUCGAACACAAGGUGUCGCUGACGCUGAGCCAGGAGAUCCGGCGGCUGUCCGCGCUGGUGGACGAGCACGACAGCCCGUUCCGCACGGAGCGCGCCGCUCUGGAGCAGUACAAGCGCGCGCUGCACCGCCACGUGGAGGCCGGCCUCGGCUCGCGCCUCAAGAAGCGCCUCUCCUCUGACAUCGGCCACGAGAUGGACGCCGUGCAGAAGGAGAUGGCCGAACGAAUGUACAACAUCCUGCCGGCUCACAAGCGAGCGGCAGCUGCCAACUACAUUAUCCCUCACCAGCAACCCUUCGAAGUAUUGUACCGAUUGAAUUGUGACAACCUGUGUGCGGACUUCCAGGAGGACUUAUCGUUUAGGUUUUCCUAUGGAAUUACUGCACUCAUUCAACGCUUUCAAGGGAAGAAUACCAACAAAAUUGCACUAAAGAACCCACCACAGUAUACACCGAUUCCGGCGACGAUCGGCCCCCCAUCGGUGAGCGCGGAGGUGGUGCGGCACAACGGCGGCAGCGUGGGCGCCGCGGGCGCCGUGGGCCCGCUCAGCGCCGAGGAGUGGGGGCUGGUGUCCCGCUUUGCAUUAGGCGCGCUCACGUCACAGGGCACCAUGGGAGGCCUGUUGCUCUCUGGAUUGCUUCUGAAGACGGUGGGGUGGCGGGUGGUGGUGGUGACCGGCGCUCUGUACGGCGCGCUGUACGCGUACGAGCGGCUCACGUGGACCGCCAAGGCGCAGGAGCGGCUCUUCAAGAAGCAGUACGUCGCGCACGCCAGCAAGAAGCUGCGCCUCAUCGUAGACCUCACCUCGGCCAACUGCAGCCAUCAAGUGCAACAGGAACUGUCGACGAUGUUCGCCCGGCUGUGCCGGCUGAUCGACGAGGCGACCACGGAGAUGGACACGGAGCUGUCGGAGGUGCGCGAGUCCAUCAAGAUGCUGGACGACGCCUCCACCUCCGCCAAGAAGCUGCGCAACAAGGCCAACUACCUCAGCCACGAGCUCGAGCUGUUCGAUGACGCUUUCCUCAAGCACAAUUAG